AUGGCUAUGAGGAACUGCACCCUCCUCAUGGAACGGUGUGCACUUCGUGCAUUGGUUGUAUCCGAUCCGUUAUCCCGGCGCGUCCCCGUGCGGGUGGGCGGGGCGGGGCGCUCCGUCACGCUCUCGGGUCGUGCCGUGCAGAGCAGCAGUUCUGCCCUCGGGAAGGGCCGCGGUCCCUCCUGGGCCGCUCCUGUGGUACGGAGCUGUCGCCGGGUGCUGAUGAUGUGUUUAAUGUUCUUACAUAGUACGGAGCUGUCGCCGGGUGCUGAUGAUGUGUUUAAUGUUCUUACAUAUUGCACCCUAGCUGCGUGUGCACGGAUUCCCAGAUGUGUUUGCAGGGACAGCUGGGGAGUCUCUGAUCUGCAGCAACUGCCGGUGCCCUGGGCGCUCGCACGGUUUGUCCGUGAGCGGAGAGCGCAGACCCAGCAGCGCCCCCGCAACGGUUUUCAUCAGGACAGUGACCUACUGGACCGAAGGAAACAGUGCUUUGGUGUCCAGUCUGAGACGGGAGAAGAUCUCUACUUUUCUGUGGAACUGGAGUCUGACCUAACGCUAUGGGAAAAAGCCUUCCAAACAGCAACUUUUUUAGAAGUCGAAAGGAUACAGUGCAAGACGUAUGCCUGCGUUCUGGAGAGUCAUCUCAUGGGGCUCACCAUUGACUUUAGCAUGGGCUUUGUAUGCUUCGAUGCUGCCACAAAGGCUGUACUUUGGCGGUACAAGUUUUCCCAGCUCAAAGGUUCUUCAGAUGAUGGGAAGAGCAAAAUCAAAUUUUUGUUCCAAAACCUAGAUACUAAGCAAAUUGAAGCAAAGGAGCUGGAAUUCUCCAACCUGUUUGCAGUUCUUCACUGUAUCCACUCGUUCUUCGCAGCCAAGGUGGCUUGUUUGGACCCUCUGUUCGUGGGCAGUCAGGCCACAGCUUCUGCUGCUCCCACAACCUCUGGUACUGGCAAAUUAAAGCAUACCACUUGACACCUCACACUGCCACUUACAAACAGGACAUAACCGUGUAUAUACUCAUGAGAGUUAGACCUUUGGUGAACCGUGCACAUGGAAACCAGUCUUGGGAGGAAAGACAUGUUGCAGUAUCAGCAGAUAAAUGGUCGCAUGGGAUCCUAAAUUCAUCUCUGUUCUGCAAGGCACCAGUAAAUACUCCUAGCCAAAACUCCAGAAUAGGAUGGAUAUGCUUUUAGUAUGAUUUGUACUUACAUAGUGCUUUAAGCAACACUGCAAGCAAAAGAGUAAAUGAUGCAGUGAAGCACUUCGGUAUUUAAUAAAAUUUUCAAAUUGCUGUAAUAAUAUACAAAUAGAAUUGUCCUUUUCCUGUUUUCAGAUGUUUUUAUAUGACAAUAUAUUAAACCCUUAGUAUGGACUUAAUACCUUACUGCUAUAUUGUAAAUGACAUAAGAGCAAGCAACAAGCAUAUAGUACCUGGUGACAAGGAGAUGAGCAUGAAAAGGCAUUUGUGAAAGUAUCUCCUUAAAUAAGAAAGCACUUUAAGCACUGUUGUGUAUCCAUAUUUGUGUCUGUGCAUUGAGUCAUGCUGCUGUUUUUUAUUUUGUUCUUUUAUUCUGAUAGCAACAAUGACAAAGGUAGAGCCAUAUUGGACUGACACGUUAAAAAAAAUCCAUGAACGUUCCCUCUCCCUCACAUAAAAACAGAUGUGAUAUAAAUUAAUUUUAAGCAUAAAUUAACUACAGGUGUGUAACAUAGAUUGUCCAUUA